CAAGCACGUUCACCACCCUACAAAAACAGACAUUUCAGGAUUUCAAAACCUACCCCUGGAAUGAAGAUCAAGCAUUUCAAGCAUAUAUUGUUUCAACAACCAAGGAUCUCAAAGCUAAUCAACAAGCCAUGAAUUCAACUGAGCCACAAAACCUUAUCGAUCAGUCAGACAUUGGAAAAAUUAAUAGUAAUACUAGUAAUGAUGUUCUUCAGGCAUCUGAAUUGUUGAAAGUCAAACACAGCUACUAUUCAAGAUCUAAACAACCUUUUGGGCUCGAAGAAUUCUUGGCAUAUGAGAAACAACAACAGGGCCCACCAGUUCUAGAAUCCAGCAAAGACAAUCAGAAGAUGGCUUACGAGCGAAUGGAUAGCUACGACUAUGAAAAUGAUAUCAAGUAUCAGCAAAGUCUACCAGCUUCUGUCCAGGCUUGGAUAAACCAACGAAAAGAUCAUUCUGACUGGAAUAAAGAAGUAAUCGAACAAGAGUUUCUUAAAGCCAAGGCAAUGUAUUAUAUUUUACAUGUAGAGCCAGUUGAUGUUGCAGGAUACUUGGCAUGGAAAGAAAAAAACGAGGCCAAAUCCCAAUCAGCCUGCCCAUUUGCUAACCUAUGGAAGAAUAAAGGCAAAGGCAAGUAUAGGUUCGCUCCUCAAGAGCAAACAUCUUGCGCUUCUUUCAUUACAGCUGAGACCCCAGAUCUUAUUGGCGGUCCUGCAAUCAUUAAUCUUUCUUCUCCAAAAAGCAAAAAUAUCUUAACGGUUGGACGCUUAAAUGAGCUCAAAAAAGCAUACCAAGAUGCUAUAAAGAACCCCAAGGCGACAAGUAUAUUUUUUACGGCUACCGUAGCUGAGAAUCCAACCCACGAGAUAUUAUCUGAGAGCACACCUCUUCGUGCCAAGGAUACCAAAGUAGUCAGCUGUGGUUUAGCGUAUGAAGAGACGUACAAUCUAGUUACAGCAAGCAGAUCUUCGUGUGAUCUCCAGGCAUCUCAAAAUUCUCUUGAAACAGCCUACCAUGGUAUUUCUCGUGAGAUUCACCAGAAAGGAAAGCCAAUGGUCUGGUUUAUCAAUGGAAAAGUACCUCACAGCGCGGUAUAUCUCUACUUGAGCGACAUGUUUGUUCGUGUGAUUACCGAACACACAUUGCUUGACAUCGGUGUUAAGCCUGGGCAUGCUCCAUUUUCUUCCCUUGGGUUCUUUCAAUCUCGUCUUUCCAAAGCGCCUCGUCCACUACCUAGUGGAAUAGGACUUUACCUAGCUUUGUCGCCUCCUGAACUUGGGCUUUUGAGAGCACCUGAAUUGCUGAGGCUUGGUAUGGCAGAUGUGUUUGUACCCGAGUUACGGCUCCAAGGAACUAUCGAAAGUGCAAAAAGCAUGGCAGUUUGUCCUCUGCCUGAUACUAUGAAGGCUUUGCAAAUCACACUUUUGUCGCAACAUGUGUAUUCUGGUCCUGAUCGACUGGGAGUGUGGGAAAGAGAAAUAGGUGACAUAUUUGGGGCAGCAAAGUCAUUCGAUGAGCUUGAAUCAAGUCUACAGAAGAUUAACAACAAAUGGAGCAAGUCUAUACUUGAACACUGGAAACAACUUCCACCUAUACUUCCAAGGGUAAUGUUCCGCCUAGUCGACAAGAUAAAGGACAUGAAUUCACUCGAUAUCUACAGGAUUGAGCGUACUGUGAAUACUCAAUGGCGACAUUCAAAAGACUACCAGAAAUGGCUUAAACAAGAAAGCUCCUGGGAAGAAGCAGAUGAGAAACAUAUUGCGUCUUAUUUCUCAGAUGUCCAGGUACCAAACGGGGAGAGCAUGUUUUAUGAGGCACCUAAAGAGGAGGUGGAAAUACCAGCAGUGUGUCCUAUGAGUGGCAUUAAGAGUGCUGCAGUGUGCCCUGUUACAGGGAAAAAGGGUACCAGUGAUGGCAAUGGUGGCGACGAGGCAUCUGGAUGCCCUAUGAGCGGAAUAAGGAAGUAAUACUGUGAGGGUAAAUUUAGUGAUAUUUUGAAUUGGUUGUGGCUAGAUGAUAAUGAUGAUUACAGACAUGGUUUUUUAAUUUAAUAUAUUUCAAUUCAAUAUAAGCCUUGUUUUAUAUAUAUAUAAAGAGAAAUAAUAAUAAAAAUAAAAAAAUAAAAAAAAGAUGAUACAAAAUUUAAUUUUAAUACAGAAUAUAUAUACGAAACGAGCCCAGCUUUUCCUUGUUAUUUAUUUUUUUGUUUGGUUUGUUCUUUAUUAUUUUUUCCCAUAAUGAUUUUGUUUUUCUCUUUCUCUCUUUCUUCAUUCUAUUUUCUUUUAUGCGCCCAUGGUGGCUUUUGAUACAAUUUGCAAGAAAGCAGACUUUUGGGGGAGACUGUAUGUAGCAUUUCCACCCACAAGAGUAGUCAAUGCAGGGACAUUAACAGUGUCAGACCACUUCAACUCAUUGGCGAUACCAACGUAGCGUCCAUAAUCGCCCUGAGCCUCUCCCAAUGUCACACUGCUAUCCACUUCACCCUCAAUAACAGGCUGUGCUGACAAACUCUCAUUGGGAUUCAAGGAAGCCCAAUCGAUAUCCUUGUCGAUAAAAGUCACAACACGGCGAACGGGUGAGCUACUGACUUCUGAACGACGAGGGCGACUUUCAAAGGACUUGGAACGAUCAUUGGAUCUGUUGUUGUUUCUAUUGUUGUUGCUGUUGUUGAAUCGACGAUCGCCAUUGUUUGCUUCACCAGUUUUUCUGUCGUUGAAGCUACGGUUGCGGAAUCGAUUGUUAUUAGGAGCAUUUGUGGAUUCGUUAUUGUUGCCUUCGCUGCUAGUGGUGGUGGUGUUGUUGCUAUUGUUGUUGUUGUAGUUAUUGCGAGGUUGGCGGGGAGGUCUAGAUUGUGUCUCGGUAGAAGAGGCUGUUCUGGCCUCACCGUUCUUAGGCUUGGACUCUACUGCAUCGUCGAAUUGACCAGGAGCAGCCUGCUUUUGUGGUCGUGGUCCACGGUUGUUAUUAGGACGUCCGCGAUUGGCUUCUCUUCCAGUGUUGGUACGAGCAGGUCUGGCAUUAGCCAAGAAGAGAGAGAAAGGAUCGGCAUUCUCUAGAGGCUUGCCACGACCAGAACCACCCAGACGAGCUGACAAAGGGAGGCGGGCGGUCUUUGAGGGAGCAUCAGUCUUGGUAUCAUCAGUGCUGGCCUUGGAUUCCUCAGCUGCAGCAGUAGACUGGAAUCUCAAGCUAACCAGAGAAGGUCUGCAUGCUGUCUGGAGACUUCUGGCGGCGGAAGCAGAGGAUGUUCGCAACAUUGCUUUCA